AUGACAUCUGCAGCCUUAAAUGAACUGAGACGAGAGGAAAGACUGUGUGAUGUGGUGAUCAAAGUGGAUGACGUUGAAUUCAAGGCCCACAAGGUCAUUCUGUGUGGCUGCAGUGCGUACUUUCGUGCUCUCUUCACCGGUGCCUGGGCAACCUCAGAGAAGCAGGUCUACAAUAUCCCUGGAGUGUUGCCAGAGAUGAUGAACCUCAUCAUCUGUUACGCAUACACAGACUCUGUUCCUGUGACGGAGGACAAUGUGGUGGAGAUUCUGGCAGCUGCAGACCAGUUCUUGGUCCCGGGGAUUGUUCAGGCCUGCUCCUUCUUCCUGGAGGACCAGCUGUGUCUAAAUAAUUGCAUUGGCAUCUGGAAGCUGGUGGACUUCUACCAUUGCCCUGACCUGAAGUACAAGGUCUUCCUCUACAUCCUGUACCACUUUCUGGAGGUAGUUAAUGCCUCAAAGGAGUUCCUGGAUCUCUCUGUCCAAGAGCUGGCUGCUAUCAUUGAGAACGACCACCUCAACGUUAGACGGGAAGACAAGGUGUUUGAGACCAUCCUCUACUGGAUUAACCACCUGCCCGCCCAAAGACGAGGUUACAUUUCUGAGCUGUUGCCCAAGGUGCGGCUAGGCUUCAUGACCGCUGACUACCUCCAACAUAAUGUGAUCGACAACGAUCUGGUGAAGGAUAGCUUUGAAUGUAUACCCACCAUUAAUGAUGCGGUGAAUGCAUUUUUGGAUAUAAGGGCAUAUGGACUGGCAAACCUGGACUACAGUAGCCCACUGAUCCGCCCACGCCUGCCUCCCGCUAUUCUAUUAGCCACUGGAGGUAAAGAUGGCAGCACUCCAGUGACCUCCGUCCAGGCCUACGAUCUCCGGGCUGACCGCUGGUGGACGUUGAGCACUGAGGAGAUCUGUCGCGCUCACCACGGCACUGCUGUCCUCAACGGCUCUAUGUACCUGAUUGGUGGCUGCAGCCGUGAAGCCCACUUGAAUACCGUACUAAGGUUUGACCUCGUGACCCGCACGUGGCACGAGGUGGGAUCCAUGGAGUACUGCCGCUGCUAUGUCAGUGUUGCUGUGCUGAAUGGCUGCAUCUAUGCCAUGGGAGGGUACAACGGACAUGCUUACUAUAACACCGUAGAGUGCUACAGGCAAGAGACUAACCAGUGGACCAUGGCGCCACCCAUGCGUACAAAGAGGUGUGGGGCCAGUUCUGCAACUCUAAAUGGGAAGAUCUACAUGUGCGGGGGCUUCAAUGGGCGUCGCAGCCUGUCUUCUGCUGAAUGCUACGACCCUGAGACCAGACAAUGGACCCUCAUCUCCCACAUGAGAAACUCUCGCAGUGGCCUGGGGGUGGUGGCCUACAAAGAUUGUAUCUAUGCAGUUGGUGGCACCUUCACUGGGACUUCCCAUCUGUGCAGUGCUGAGGCCUACAACCCUCAAACCAACAGGUGGCAUGCCGUGCCGUCCAUGUCCGCCCCCCGCAGCUACUUUGGCAUUGAGGUUGUGGAUGAGCAGCUCUUUGUGGUUGGAGGAUUCAACGGUGUCAACACCAUGAUGUCUGUAGAGCGCUAUGAUGAGGAGGCUGGCAUGUGGUACGAUGCCUCCAACACCAGGGUGCCCUGCAGCGGCCUGAGCUGCUCUGUGCUACACGGAAACCACGCAGUGGUGGAGCAGCUGUUCCCUCGUGAUGCUACGACGCUCGCCAAUGUGCAGCAAGCUGCAGGAGGAUCCGUCUGA